AUGAGUUACAGAGGGGGCACAGAGAUCAACACGAUACGGAACACGACAGGGGUCACAGAUAUCAACACGAUACUGAACACGACAGGGGUCACAGAGAUCAACACGAUACGGGACCUGACAGGGGUCACCGAGGGCAACACGAUACGGGGCUUGACAGGGCUCACAGAGAUCAAAACGAUACGUAACACGACAGGGGUCACAGAGAUCAAAACGAUACGGAACACGACAGGGGCCACAGAGAUCAACACGAUACGGAACACGACAUGGGUCACAGAGAUCAACACGAUACGGGACCCGACAGGGGUCACAGAGAUCAACACGAUACGUAAAACGACAGGGGUCACAGAGAUCAACACGAUACGUAAAACGACAGGGGUCACAGAGAUCAACACGAUACUGAACACGACAUGGGUCACAGAGAUCAACACGAUACGGGACCCGACAGGGGUCACAGAGAUCAACACGAUACGUAACACGACAGAGGUCACAGAGAUCAACACGAUACGGAACACGACAUGGGUCACAGAGAUCAACACGAUACGGGACCCGACAGGGGUCACAGAGAUCAACACGAUACGUAAAACGACAGGGGUCACAGAGAUCAACACGAUACGUAACACGACAGAGGUCACAGAGAUCAACACGAUACGGAACACGACAGGGGUCACAGAGAUCAACACGAUACUGAACACGACAUGGGUCACAGAGAUCAACACGAUACGGGACCUGACAGGGGUCACCGAGGUCAACACGAUACGGAACACGACAGGGGUCACAGAGAUCAACACGAAACGGAACACGACAGGGGGCACAGAGAUCAACACGAUACGGGACCUGAUAGGGGUCACCGAGGUCAACACGAUACGGGACUUGACAGGGCUCACAGAGAUCAAAACGAUACGGAACACGACAGGGGUCACAGAGAUCAACACGAUAUAAGACACGACAGGGGUCACAGAGAUC